CCCUCCUCCUCUCUCGAGUUCCAAAUGCGUCCUCUCCGCCGCACGGCCGCCUCCGCCUCCGGCUUCCUCCGCCGCCGCCUCCUCUCCGAGCUCGCCGGGAACGGCGCGCCACUCCCGCGCGUCGGGGCCGUGUACGCCUUCGGGGACAACAGCCACGGCGCGGCGGGGCAGCCGGCGCCGGCCGCCGACGUCUACGUCCCCACGCCCGUGCCCUCCCUCCCGACGUCCGUCGCCGCCGUCGCCGCCGGGCACUACCACUCCCUCGCGGUUUCCGCCGAAGGGGAGGUCUGGGCGUGGGGCCGCAACGAUGAAGGUCAGCUCGGCCGCGGGCACCACGCCCCGAGGAAUACUUGGAGCAAGCCUGAAAAAGUGAGAGGAUUGGAAAAUGUUCAAGUCCGAGCUGUAUCUGCUUGUGGGGUUGUUUCAGCAGCAAUUGGGUGUGAUGGCUCUUUAUGGGUUUGGGGGAGAUCAAAGCGUGGCCAACUUGGGCUUGGAAAGGACAUUGUAGAGGCUGCAGUACCUUCUAGAGUGGAAGCACUUGCUAAUUAUGAUAUUGUCAAGGUAUCAUUUGGUUGGGGACAUGCUAUGGCAUUGACAAAGGAUGGAGGGUUACUUGGCUGGGGAUAUUCAGAAAACGGAAGGUUAGGAGAAAUUGGCCAUAUUACUCAGGCUUCUUCUGCCAAAGAAUUACUUGGAAAAACAGUUGACAAGUACUCUAGCUCAAUGCUAGAGGCCGUUGAAAAGAUGGUUGAGGAAAAAAUAAGGAGUGAAGACAAUAUGCCCAUCAUCUGGGAACCUUCGCUUGUUCAUGAAGUGUGUCAUGUUGAGGUGUCUGAUGUGUCAUGUGGGCUCGAUCAUUCUCUGGUUCUCUGCUCUGAUGGCAUCGUACUGAGCGGUGGAGACAACACUUACGGACAGCUUGGCAGGAAAUCAGCAUGGUCCAAAUUUCUUCCUGUCGACAUUAGCCACAGUCCAUUCUCUGUGUCAGCAAGUGUUGGCCACUCUCUUGCAACAUGCAUCAUAUCAACUGAAGGCGAUGACCAUGCCGAGACCGGCGUCCUCUCAUGGGGAUGGAACUGCAGCUCCCAGCUUGGACGACCUGGCAAAGAAGACGUGCCUGCACUAGUCGACGGUCUGAAUGGAGAGAGGCCAGUGUCGGCCUCGGCUGGUCGAGUUCAUUCGGUUGCUCUCACAUCAAAGGGAGAGGUUUGGGCAUGGGGAUCUGGCCGAAACGGCAGGCUAGGUUUGGGAAGCUCGAUGGAUGAGCCUGAGCCUUUCCUCAUCGAUACCCUGGAAGGAGCAGAGGUUUCACAGGUUGCUGCUGGGAUGGACCAUACUCUUCUAUUGGUUGCUGAGUAGGCUGGGGUUUUCUUCACCACCGAAAGUCCUUUGAUUCUUGCCGUUGUCAGUGGAGAGGUUGUCAUUGUCCAUCUACUGGAUACGAUCUUUAAAACAAACAGGCGAUGUUACUCGAUAUGCUUGGAACCAUGAAAUUCAGAUGUGUUUCUUCCAGCUAGUUUGACAUCACAUUCCCCUUGAAAGAGUUAACAGAAUGAAGAUAGCAAAAGCUAGUCAGACGCCAGUGCCAGUGUGCAUUCUCAAACCUCCUCUUAUAGAGCAUCUUUGUGUGUGAAAAGUUCAUUUUCUUCCAUCUGUAGUUGUAGACUCGGUACUUAUGUUCUAUGCCAAAGCUUACCCUAUUCCCUGGGAUUUGAGGUCUUUGAAAACUCAAAACUCCUUGUAAUAAGUUUUGUGUGGUGAACAAUAUCCUCCGGCAAAAUCUUGGUGAAAUUUUCAUUCUGUUUGAAUUAUUGAAUUCCA